CUUUGGUAAAAGAGAAAGAUGGCAUUAGUAUGGCCUUAUCGCGAAUAUGCCAAGAUGCCAAGAUGCCAAGUCGCAGUAUAUCGUUGAUCUACGAUGAUCUACCCGAUACAUGCCGACUACUAAGUUUGCAGGGUGGUCAUCGAUGACCCGGACAGAUUUGCUUGCAGGAGAUUCCACAAUAGACCCUUCUGUCGAUCUUUACAUAGCUGGCGAUCAAGGGAUCCUAUCUGAAUUGUAUUAUCCCUAUCACCGUUUUAGAUGCCCAACCGACAGAUAUAUGGUAGAGUAUGUGGGGCGACUGUGACCCAGUUACUUAUAAUACUGAGGCAACGACCUCGUAUCACUCUAUUCUUAUUUUUCUACCCUUUCUCGUAUAUUACCUUGAGUUCUGUUAUCGGUCUGGCUAAGCACGCCGCUUCGUUAUCAAUAAUAUUGUUUGGAAAGAAGCCCUGCACACCGAUGGCUCCUAAGUUUGAUAGUAUGCAAAUACAGCUUCAUACCUGCUAUUCUCCAAGGGAGAAUACUGUGUUUUCAGGAUUAGAAUCACGCGUUGUCUCGGACGGAAGUCGACGGCCGCGAUUUGGCUUAAAGCGGUAUUUAUUUUCUGAGAUCGAGACGAAAUGGGCAGAUAUACCUUUAAUUGUAUGCUCUUUUAUCGGUGGCCUUGUUGAUGGUCUCUCGUACAACUACUGGGGGAACUUUUCCAAUAUGCAGACAGGAAAUGUUAUCUUUAUUGCCCUCGGAGUGGCUGGGAAGCCGGAGCAGCCAGACAUGCUCUGGGCUAAAUCCCUCACAGCUAUCUUCGCUUUUCUGACAGGCAUCAUUAUUUACGUUUACGGAUCUCGAGUAUUGGGGCCAAAACGACGCAUAACCCUGGUCCUAUCAUUCGCCCUUCAGACUUCUACCCUCUUUGGUGCGGCUCUUCUUACACAACUGGUACCUCCAAUGCCGGACGACCCAACAGCGCUGGAAUGGCGGAAAGCCGUCGCGAUCUCGUUACUUUCCUUCCAGUCAGCUGGCCAGAUCGCUGCAUCCCGGUUCUUGGGCUACCCCGAGAUCCCCACCACUGUCUUGACAAUUUUAGUGUGUGACCUAUUUAUCGAUGCGAAUCUCUUCCAACGGCCAUGGAGCGCCAACCCCAAACGAAAUCGGCGAAUUGCUGCCCUGUUAGCACAUUUCCUGGGAGCGAUGACUGCGGGCGGAAUGGCGAAAGAUAUUGGUCUGUCCGGAGGACUAUGGCUUGCCGGAUCUCUUAAGGGAGCCCUUGCACUAGCAUGGUGUGCAUGGACUGAAAAGAAGCAUACCAAAGAGAUAGGGUAAAGCAUAAGCUUCUCUUUAUUAUAGCAGAUGAUUAUGGAAACGAAAUUUCUGAGCAGAACAGUGGAUUAUUAUCUUAUUACAUAGAACAGCUAGAAUUCUUACUAUUAAUAUAGAGAAUAUAGAUUUAGUCGCUAC